GCCUCGGAGCGUGAGCGGUGGCACGCAGGAAGAGGCGUGGCCUCGAGGCGCUGACGUAUUUCCGGUUCCGGUCUCUCCCUUUCUCUCUCGCAGCGAGGCCGCGGAAGCGAACAGCGCCAAGAUGCAGAUCUUUGUGAAGACGCUGACAGGCAAAACCAUCACCUUGGAGGUGGAGCCCAAUGACACCAUUGAGAACGUCAAGGCCAAGAUCCAGGAUAAAGAAGGGAUCCCCCCUGACCAGCAGCGCCUGAUCUUCGCGGGCAAGCAGCUGGAGGAUGGACGCACACUGGCAGACUACAACAUCCAGAAAGAGUCCACCCUGCACCUGGUGCUGCGCUUGCGUGGAGGCAUCAUUGAGCCUUCCCUCCGCCAGCUCGCCCAGAAGUACAAUUGCGACAAAAUGAUCUGCCGCAAGUGCUACGCUCGCCUGCACCCCCGCGCUGUCAACUGCCGCAAGAAGAAGUGCGGCCACACCAAUAACCUGCGCCCCAAGAAGAAGGUCAAGUAGAGCGGGCCCGGCCCGCGCCCCCCAAUAAAGCAGCGCAGAGCUCCU